AUGCGCCGCCAAGUGAUAAAUCCGGCGUGGAAUGCUACUCUUACUGGACUUCGUAUUUCACGCUGCAGCCAGCGAAACUUCGCCAGUGUCUCAUCGGCCACGCCGUCAUCGAGAAGUCACAAAAUUGUCGUUGUCGGUGCUGGGACUGCUGGAAUAGCCGUGAGUCACCAAUUGCUACGUGCGAACAAGUUUUCUCCUCAGGAUAUCGCCAUCAUCGACCCGGCUGCGUGGCACCAUUACCAGCCAGGAUGGACGCUCGUGGGCGGUGGAUUGAAGAACAAGGAAGAUCUGAGGCGCAAGCUGGUGGACUUGCUUGAUCCGAGACUCAAAUUCUACAAUUCUGGUGUAGCAACAAUCGCCCCUGAGGAUAAUUCUGUUACUCUCGCCGAUGGGAACAAGUUGAACUACGAGCAACUGGUGGUUGCGCCUGGUCUGAGCAUCAACUAUGACGGCAUCCAGGGACUCCAUGACGCCCUCCACGACCCGAGCUCUCAGGUCUCAACAAUUUACAACUAUGACACCUGCGAUAAGGCCUUCCUUACCGUGGAACGACUUAACAAGGGAACGGCAAUCUUCACCCAACCGGCUGGGGUCAUCAAGUGCGCUGGCGCGCCUCAGAAAGUCAUGUGGUUGGCUCUGGAUUACUGGAAACGCGCCGGCCUCUACUCGCCGACAAAUCCAUCCAGCUCUGCCAUCAACAUAACCUUCGCCACCGGUCUUCCUGCAAUGUUUGCUGUACCAAAGUACGCUGCCAAGCUGGAGGAACUGCGGAAAGAGCGAGGUGUUGAAGGGUUGUUCCAACAUGAUUUAGUCUCCAUCGACGGCAAUGUGGCGACAUUUGCACGCCCCAAUGGAGACGCAAAGGUCGCCAGGAAGUUUGACUUGUUGCACGUCGUUCCAAAGAUGGGCGCCCCAAAGUUCAUCAAGGACAGCGGCAUCGGAAACGAGGCGGGUUACGUUGAUGUUGAUGAUCACAGUUUGCGUCAUAAAAAGUAUCCAAACAUCUGGUCCGCAGGCGACGCGUCAAGCCUGCCGACAUCCAAGACCGCCGCUGCGGUGACGUCGGAAGCCCCAGUACUUGUUCGCAAUUUACUACAGGUCAUGGGAGGGCAGCAACCCGACGCAGCGUAUGAUGGCUACACGUCCUGCCCACUCCUAACUGAGUACGGCAAAGUACUACUCGCAGAGUUCAAGUAUGGGGGAGAGCCUAAGGAAACCUUUGACGAUUGGCUGGGCAUUGACCAGGUUGAGCCACGCCGUGCCUUUUAUCAUCUGAAAAAGGACUUCUUCCCAUGGGUGUAUUAUGCGUCCAUGGUGAAAGGGACGUGGGGCGGUCCAAAAGGCUGGAUCAAUUGA